GAACUGCUUGCCGAACAUGGAAUAUCUCUACCACCUGAAAUGCAUGGUCUCACCGAUGAUCAGAUUGAAGAGCUCAAACUCAGGGACGAGUUCUCGGAGUCAUGUGUUCCAAGCGGAGGUUUCAGUGAAAAUAAACGGAAAAAAUGCAAGAGGUGUUGCAAAAGACGAUUGCAGAAGCUAAGGGUAUAAUUUCAAAAGAGUUAGUCAAGAGCAACACAUGCCUCACAGAACAGCACAUAUGUGAUGCAAUUGACAUCCUGAGAGGAGCCAUCAUGAUCGCCUACCCGAUGAACCUCCCUCCAUACGACCCCAUCAGAGAGGAGUUUGAGAAUCGUGAGGAGUUGAAAGGAACCCAAGAUCAUAAGAUGGUUCUAGAUGCGUCAGUAACAAAACUUUGGUUUGCUGGGAAGGAAAUGUUGUGUGGCAAGAAACUACUAGACUACGUUGGCAAAAAUGAAAAGUCAAAGGUGAUUGUAAAGGUUCAGCCCCGAGGUCAAGGGGCACCAAGCAGGGAGCCGCUUCUGUCAGAGGAUGAGCGCAAGAAACUCAUGAUGGCUGAAUUCCACAGGCGAGAAGAAUUAAAGAAAUUGGAGGAGGAGGAUGACGACUCGUACCUCAAUUCUCCCUGGGCAGACACGGCAACUCAGAAUAUUCCAGAUUGGCCACAUUCUGAGCCACAUGCAAGUCUUUUACUUGUUUUAUAUUUGAUACUGGUAUAUCCUAGUUUCUAG